UUGCAGGCAGCCAAAUGUGCAUAUAUCAUCAUCAUCAUGGCUGUGUACUGGUGCACUGAAGUGAUCCCACUGGCUGUUACCUCCCUCAUGCCUGUGGUAUUUUUCCCUCUGCUUGGAGUUCAGAGUUCUAAAUCAGUGUGCUUGCAGUACCUAAAUGACACAAACAUGCUCUUCGUUGGAGGGCUGAUUGUUGCAAUUUCUGUUGAACAGUGGAAUCUUCACAAAAGGAUUGCAUUGCGGGUCCUGCUGAUUCUUGGGGUGAAACCUGCACUCCUCAUGCUGGGAUUUAUGGUAGUCACUGCCUUCCUGUCCAUGUGGAUAAGUAACACAGCCACCACUGCUAUGAUGGUUCCCAUUGUCCAGGCUGUCCUGGAUCAAAUGGACAACACAGAGUAUGAUGUGACCAUGAUGGAACAAGCAACCGGGCAAACAAAUACAGUGAUUGAGCUGGAGGAAAAGAAUGCAUCAGAUCCUACUUCAGUGCAUGUCAUGAGCAAUGGUCAAGUCCCUGAUGACCCCAGAUCUUCUGAGGAAAAGAAAAUGCGGAAGCGUAUAUGUAAGGGAAUGACACUUUGUGUAUGCUAUGCUGCCAGCAUUGGAGGAACUGCAACACUGACCGGAACAGGACCAAACAUGGUAUUGAAAGGCCAGAUGAAUCAGUUAUACCCCAACAAUAACGAUAUCGUGAAUUUUGCUUCCUGGUUUGGGUUUGCAUUCCCAAACAUGAUUCUGAUGUUGGUACUAGCUUGGCUUUGGUUACAGUGCUCCUUCAUGGGACUCAACUUUAAAAAAAGCUGGGGCUGUGGGACAGAGAGAACUGCUAAAGAAAAAGCUGCAUACAACGUGCUGAAGGCAGAAAUGAAGAAAUUAGGCCCAAUCUCUUAUGCUGAAUUCAAUGUCCUCCUAAUGUUUGUUUUGCUGGUUCUCUUGUGGUUUUCCAGACACCCAGGCUUUGUAAAAGGCUGGGCCACCAGGCUCUUCCCAGAAGGAGAAAAGUAUAUCACUGAUUCUGCUCCUGCUGUUUUUAUUGCCCUGCUACUGUUUAUCCUUCCUGCUAAUAAACCCAAAUUCAUAGGCUGGAAUCCAAGCAUGUCUGACCCUGAACAGACUGAAGAAGAUAUAAAAAAGCCAUUUUUAUCAGCCCCGCUCCUAGACUGGAAUGUGGUUCAGAGGAAGAUGCCCUGGAGCAUUGUGCUGCUGCUGGGAGGAGGUUUUGCUUUGGCUGAUGCAAGCGCAAACUCUGGGCUCUCAGCUUGGCUGGGUCAUCAAAUGACUCCACUAGGAUCUAUCCCACCGUGGGCCAUUGCAACAGUACUUUCGCUUAUUAUAGCUGUCUUCACCGAAUGCACCAGUAACGUUGCCACAGCUACCCUCUUCCUACCUGUCUUUUCAUCCAUGGCUGCAUCUGUCAAGAUCCAUCCCUUGUAUGUCAUGCUGCCUGGUACUCUCAGUGCUUCCUUUGCCUUCAUGUUGCCUGUUGCAACACCGCCAAAUGCGAUAGUGUUUUCCUAUGGCCACAUCCGUGUUUUAGAUAUGGUUAGAUCUGGAAUAGUGAUGAACAUCAUUGGAGUCUUCUGUGUCACACUGGCCAUCAACACAUGGGGAAGACCUAUGUUUGAACUGGACACAUUCCCAGCCUGGGCAAACAGCACAACUAACCAGUGAGCAGUGAAGAAUUCAUGUGUUAAACAAGGAGAGGACCCUUAACACUACUCACAAUUGCCCGAAGCCCUAUAUAGAGUCUCAUCACCACAUCAGAUCCAGUGUCAGGUGAUUGCUACCUCUGGGAGUCACACAUCAGUUCAGGCAUGAACCAACCCAAAUUUAUUCCAGUCAUGCUGGAGCCAAAAGUGCUGUUUAAUUACACAACCCUAAGGAUCAUGUGUCUGGAUCUGAAGUACGAUCAAGUGAUCUGUUGUACCUCCAAUCAAGGUCAAGAUUUAGAAUUUUUCGAACUUGAAAUAAAGAGAGGGCAGGCUGU